AAUAACUCUUUUUUCUAUGCAGCCAGGGGCAAGUUCAAGGAGGUUUGUGAGCGUCCAAAUGGCUUCUGCCGGGAAUUUUGCAUUGAAACAGAGAUCCUCGUUGGCAAAUGUUUAGAUAGGCGACCAUGCUGCAUGCCCCUGUUGGAUCAACCAAAAGCUGAGAGUACGGAGAGCACUAAGAGUGCUGCACGCAAGACCUGAAGACUUUUGUUUGUUUAGAUGUUUCAUUAUUGCCAUU